UUAGAAAUUGCGUGAUUGGGGAUGACCCUUGAGUAGAUCAUUCAUACACGUGAAAGUUUUUCAGUGAACUUUGCCCCAAUCCCCAUUAUUUGUCAAUAUUUGUACCAUAUCUGGGGCGAGGUACACCAAAAGUAAAACGGACUGAUUUUUUGUUAUCUCAUGGUAUGAUUGCCAGACUGCGUGUGAUUUAUUGCGCAAAAGAGUCGUAGUUUGCGCAAACUCAUGUUUUCCAAGCAGUCGCAGAGUCAGCUGUCGCAAGAUACCAUGCAGCGUUGGUUCUUCCUCGAGGACCCCAACAACGCCAUCCUCCGCGUUGGCAAAGGGGAUGAUUUGCAACUCCACACUAGUAAGAGCACAUCCAAGUUCCCCCCCAGAAAAUGGCUGUUUCGAGUGCGGGCCCCCGACUUGAAAAAAGACGAAGUCAUGUGCGUCUCGGGGAGUGUCUCGGAGCUGGGCUCCUGGCAAUCGGAAAAAUGCCUCCCUCUGGAACACGAAGACGACUCUGACAUCUGGUCUCUCCCUGUCAUGAUCCCCGAUAAGGUUAACAUCCAGUAUCGGUUUUGCGUUUGCGUGGUCAUCGAAGCGGGGCUCCAGGUGAUAGUGCGGAGUUGGGAGGCCCAAAUCGCCCCCAGAGUGAUCCACGCGACCGAAAAGUCGCCUCUGGCAACGGAUGAGCCUUUGAGCUAUGGAGACUACGGUAAUGUUUGCAGAAUUGACAGGGGGUGGCUUAAUAAGGAAACGGUGAUUCAAUUGAAGUUCUGCAAUAACCCCUUGACUCUCUGGAGGCCGAAAUACAAUAAUCGGUCGGUUUAUAUCAAAGUGACUCCUGUGGGACUGCUGCGUCACAACACCAACAUCCCUAAGACAAUGUCGGAGGCUUUGGAAGAGUCCCUCAGUGCGGAUACUCAAGACGCGUUCGAGAACCCCAAACAUGCCCUAAGCGAAGUUGCCUCUCUUAAUGCCGAAGACUCAUCUUUCCACCCCCAACCCCAAUUCGGGGAGGAGUAUAAAGAAAACGACAUGCUCAUUUUCCAAUGUUCCGUUUUGUUCCCCGCCAACGUGGCUUUUCUCAUUGAUUUGUACAUAUACAGUUCGAGACACGACGAUGGAGAGCCCCCUCAUCAUGCCGGAUUUAGUUACUUACUCCCCACUGUAUUGCAGUCUUCGGAAGGAAGUGUUGUCCUCCCGGUGACGAGCACCAAACACCGGCCUUUGGGCCAAGUCCGGAUUGACUAUAUAGUCGUAAGGCCGAUGCCUAAUUUCAAAUGUGAUUUGAGUGUUUCGUAUGCGAGACAUUGGAAGAAGACGAGGGCUGGGUUGGAUGUGGGUCAUCGAGGGUCUGGCUCCAGUUUCAAAACGCAGAAUUGUGCAGAAGUUAGGGAAAAUACCGUCGCCAGUUUGAAGAAUGCCAUUGAUCAUGGGGCGGAUUUUGUUGAAUUUGAUGUUCAGUUGAGUAAAGAUCUUAUUCCUAUUGUUUAUCACGAUUUCCAUGUGUGUAUUUCGAUGAAGAAGAAGAAACAGUUGGAUGAGACUGAUAUGCUGGAGUUACCGGUCAAGGAAUUGACUCUGGAUCAGUUGCAGUUGUUGAAGGUGUACCACCUGAGCGAGGGCAAGACGAAGAAUCCUCGUUUCUUCGACGACGACCUCGAAGACCACCAACCCUUUCCGACUCUUCAGCACGUCUUGGAAGUGCUGAAUCCACACGUAGGUUUCAACAUCGAAAUAAAAUGGACUAUGCAACUCUACGACGGCUCAUUCGAAUUAUACCAUCCCACCGACAUCAACCUCUACCUGGACACCAUCCUCGAAGUGGUUCUUCGCUACGGCGGCGAAAGAAGGAUCGUUUUUUCCUGUUUCAAUCCUGAUAUUUGUUCCAUGAUCAGAUUGAAACAGAAUAAAUAUCCUGUUAUGUUCUUAACCAUAGGCGAAAGUAAAGUUUACGCUCAAUAUAGAGAUCCGAGAUGUUGGUCCAUUCCGGCAGCCAUCCAGUAUGCCAAUAUGAUCGAACUUCUUGGAAUUAGUGCACAUACGGAAGAUCUCCUAAGGGACUCAUCAUUGGUCCAGAUGGUGAAGAGGGCGGGUUUGAUAAUGUUUUGUUGGGGGGAUGAGAACGCCGAUCCGACGACCCUCAAGAUGUUAAAAGAGUUGGGGCUGCAUGGCGUCAUCUACGACAAAAUCUAUCAGCUGUCGAGCAAAGAAGUGAAAGAAAGCAUUUUCUUGGUUGAAGCACGCGAAUCCCAGAAGGAUCUAAUCAGGCUAGCAGCAGCCGCCGUCGAGUCUCCCACUGUCUCCAUAAUCAAGGAGCAAGUGUUGGAUAUAGAAAAAGCCAGACACGAAUAUGAAGAAAAGAACGUCUCAACUGCAACUUCGCUAGAGAGUUUAGAUAGUCGUAUGUCUGAUUAUGAGAAAAAUGGGACAGGUUAGGAUUUCCGCUUAUUUUAUUAUUCAGUUUAUUAGCAAAUUUACAAGUAUUACCUCAGUUGGGGAUGUUUUAAAACAACUAAAUUAUUGUAGGCAGUAUUUAUUAAAUAUGCUACUCUAAGGUUGUGAUCAUUUUCUUUGUUUACACUAGAUUGUAAUCAGUUUUUGUGUUUUAAAGCAGGGUUUACAAAUACGGUUAUUUUUUUAAUAUGAGCAAGGCUUUUCUCAGCUUUUAUUUAUUAUCACCUCUUUAUUAUUUCUAAAAGCGAAUUAUUUUUUUUGCAAUACGUGUUUCAAUAUUGUGAUAUAAUUCUUCCAUGAUUCACUAAAUUUAAUCGUAAAUAUUCCAAACAUCGUAAUUAAUGUCGAUUUUGAGCAAUGGAAAUUAAAGUGGUCAUUUUAAAUUAUAUUUCAAGGAAUAUAACGGAAAAUGAAAUGGUUCCAAACUGAAAAAAACACGAUUAUAAAUACAUUGAGUGUCAAGGAAUAUAACUGAAAAUGAAAUGGUUCCAAACUGAAAAAAACAACAAAUUGAAAAUCUGUAAAUAAUUAACGCAGGCACUUAUUUUAGAAAAUUUUUUCAUUCACACAGUAUGAAUUAGAAUAUAAUUAUAUAGAUUAAUAGUUUGUGAAUCAGCAGUUUAUUUUUCAUACUAGAUUUGUGUAUUGUCUCUAAAAUUAGUUAGAUUAGAAUUUUUAUAAUGUUUCUAAUGAAAUAUUUUUGUGAAAUAUAUCUUUAGACUUUUUAAAUUUGCUUGCUUUGUUCGAAAAUGACCAAAAACAAAUUAAACCAUUUCAUUCUUUUUCCCUUCUUUGAAAUCGAAUGAUAUUUUUACAAAUUUGGGCUUUUUUGUACAUAUUCAACAGAAUAUCUGCAUCGGUUUUGUUCGAAAUAAAACUUGUCUUUACUUAGGGACUUCACAAAUUCACAUAUUCGUAACAUUUUUAGCCUAUUUAUAGGAAAGGGCUGUUAGGUGGUUUAGUUUAGGAGCUUUUUAAUAUUUUAGUGCCAGUUUAUGAUGCAGGGUGCACAAAUUUUUGCAGUUGAGACACAAAGACAAAAAAAUGAAUGCUUAAAUUCUCACAAUUUUAAAUUGUGUGCCUGCCUAAGGCAAAGCAUAGGCUUUGUGAAAAGUCCUGCAUUUGUUUGUGCUAAAUACACGAAAUGUUGAAAUUUUUAUGACAUUUUUGCAAUAAAGUUCUAACCACUGUUGUUUUA